CCCGAAGGCGGCGGCCCCGGCGGCGGGGCCAGGCGGCGGCGACGGCGGCCUGUUCAGGUGGCUGCGCGGGCGCUGCGCGGGCCGGAGCGCCGCGGUGGACCCGGCCCGCGACACCUUCCGCGCCAUGACCGCGCUGUACGGCUCCAUCCAGCCCGCCGACUCCGUGUACCUCAGCACCCGCACGCACGGCGCCGUCUUCAACCUCGAGUACUCGCCCGACGGAUCAGUGCUGACUGUUGCUUGUGAACAAACUGAAGUCCUGCUUUUUGACCCAAUAUCUUCAAAGCACAUUAAAACUCUCUCUGAAGCUCAUGAAGACUGUGUAAAUAAUAUCAGGUUUCUAGAUAAUCGACUGUUUGCAACUUGUUCUGAUGACACUACAAUAGCACUUUGGGAUCUAAGAAAGCUGAACACAAAAGUGUGUACUUUACAUGGUCACACCAGCUGGGUUAAGAACAUUGAGUAUGAUACCAAUACAAGACUACUAGUAACAUCAGGGUUUGAUGGAAAUGUGAUCAUCUGGGACACAAAUAGGUGCACAGAAGAUGGAUGUCCUCACAAGAAGUUUUUUCACACUCGUUUUCUUAUGAGAAUGAGGUUGACACCAGAUUGUUCCAAGAUGUUGAUCUCUACUUCCUCCGGAUAUCUUCUGAUUUUGCAUGAUCUUGAUUUGAACAAGUCUUUAGAGGUUGGCAGCUACCCAAUUUUAAGAGCUAGGAGAACUACAUCAAGCUCAGAUACAACGUCUACAAGUUCAUCUGGUCCUCGGGCUGUUGGUUCACCAUGUCACCAAAAUGAUUCAGGUCCAUUGUCUGAGAAACAUAUGUCACGGUCCUCACAGCGAGAAGGUGGAUCACCUAGAAAUAGUCUGGAGGUCUUAACACCAGAAGUUCCCGGAGAAAGAGACCGUGGGAACUGCAUUACAUCACUACAGCUCCAUCCAAAAGGGUGGGCUACACUUCUGCGGUGCUCAAGUAAUACAGAUGACCAGGAGUGGACCUGUGUCUAUGAAUUCCAGGAAGGAGCCCCUGUGCGUCCUGUCUCACCUCGCUGUUCUCUGCGAUUGACUCAUUGCAUUGAAGAAGCCAAUGUAGGCCGAGGGUACAUAAAAGAACUUUGCUUCAGUCCUGAUGGUCGGAUGAUUUCAUCCCCGCAUGGCUAUGGGAUCCGCUUGUUGGGAUUUGACACACAGUGCAGCGAACUUGUUGACUGUUUGCCCAAAGAAGCUAGUCCCUUACAGGAAAUCCGUUCCCUCUACUCUCACAAUGAUGUGGUACUGACAACAAAGUUUUCUCCAACACACUGUCAGAUUGCCUCGGGGUGCCUUAGUGGACGUGUUUCUUUGUAUCAGCCAAAGUUCUAGGCACAUUUUUACAUCAACAGGAACUUCAGAUGUUUGUGUUAAUUAUUACUUCAGUUUAGUUGAAGUGUGUUCUUGAAAUUGUGUACAUUCAGAUAAGAUCAUAGUUACUAUGGUCUGAACAUAACAAUGGAACAAAUUCCCAGUCCAUCACUGUAUGCAUUCUGAUACUGCAUACAAAAGCAAGGCUCUGUGCAUUUCGUUUUCAGCCUUCCAUGCAGACCUCUGCUCCUGCUGAUUCUGUGCCAUUGCAUUGUCUUUCCGGUUGGUUUGCACAGUAAUACUUGUUGAUCUUUCAUUUCUACAUGACUUAAAGUGGGCUGCCUGAAAGAAAUGUAGAUGGAGCAUGGGUAAUAAUAGUUCAGCCAAAACUUCCUCAAGUCCCACUGGUACGACACUUCUUUGUUCCAGAGGAACUGGACUUCCUGCCAUACGCUUGCUUGGCCUUUUCUCUUGCUGAAACUACUAUACAAUGAUUAUUAGAUAAUGGAGCUGGUUUUGCGCAUACUAGAUUAGUUACUGCCAUUACUGCCACAAAAAGAAAAACAAUUUUCAUUUAUAUACAAAUUUGGUUAUUUGUGAUUGGCUAGAAAAAAUAGUAAACUUACUGUAACGUUUUGCUGUAGUUAAAAUAUUUUUAGGCUGUUUUUCCUUGAUUGUGUAUAUAGUGUUUAUUGCCAGAAAGAAAAGAUUCUGGCUGGAGAUGUAGCUGUGUUUUCCUCAAGAGAAGUUAGUAGGAGAAGACUGGGGCAGGGAGACAAGAGCUGAACUGGUAAAAAUCUUGCCAUGUCAUCACUGCAAACUAACUCUUCAGAAUGUUUCUUGUAAAAUGAAAGGUUAGCUGACACUGAGCAAAUUGUAUUCCCUAGCUAUUGAGGUUCUGUCACUUUUAUUGUGGGAAGCUUUCUGUAUUUAUAAUAUAAACCUUGAUAACACAUUUGACACUUGACACUCUACAGAAUUUUCAGCUGAUGCUGAAGCCAUAUCCCAACUGAAGUACAUAAUGUUCUUCUGUACUUUGCAUAAACCAUUGUUAUGAAAGGAAUUAGCCUAGGAAUUGUCUGUAACUCCUUCAGCAUUUCUUCAAAUGUAUUGUCAAUUUGGAACCGUUUAAAAGCAUACUUUGUAUAAAGUAAGGUCUACCUGGAUUUAACUGGACUUUUUACAAGAUGUGAAAAAUGUUAAUGUUUAGCAUUAAUUCACAUAUUAAGUAUGAAUGCUAAGUUUUACUCAUUAAGUUAAUACAGCUAACCUUGUAAAUGUAAUUUCAGUCUCUUAUGUCCAUAUCAGUUUAUAAUAUUCUCACCACUUACAGGUUCUAAGGUAAUUUUUUUGAGUAUUUCACUAAGAUUUUACUGACAAAACACACACUGAACUCUACAGGAAGCUUUGCCUAAAAAGGACCAUCAUAUUUUGGUAUGUAGAUUGAAUAUCUACAGCUUGACAGAACAUGCUUGUUGAAGGCUGACUGUUACGUCUUUUUGCAAAAAUUUUGGUUUUUGUUUGGGAGAAAGACAUUUGUAAAGAUGAAGUAGCUGGAAAUACAUAAAAUGGACAAUCCUCUGAUGUGAUUCUGGAUUUCUGUAGGUAAUGUUCUCUGUGGUGCUGGUGGAAGUGUCAUUGAAACUUAAGGCUUCUCUGCAGUUUAAGAAAAACUCAAACUUCUAUUUCUGCUGGGGAACUUCUUUAGUAAUAAGCCUUUAAUAUUGGGUAUUUGGUAACCUGAGGACUGUGCUAGUUAAUUAUUUUCCCUUAGGUUUUCAUCAUCUCCAGCAACUGAGUAAUAAAGGACUAAAUGGAAAUAGGUGAAUAUUUCCACCUGAGACACAACCUAUUCUUAGAUGAAUGUCAAAAAUUUUAUAGCCUUAUGAUGUUUUUUAACAGAAUUACUCUCUGUAGAAUUCAGUAGAAUGUCUUCCCAGCUGGAGGAGGCAAAUUUUUUCUUUAAGUAAAUGUCCUGAGUUAACUUAAAAUGCAGAGAUAUGCUCAUGAUCUUCUCAGCAGCUCAAAUCAAAAAAUGUCCUAUAGCAUGUAUCUUUCGAGCAAUUCUCUUUUUGCUGAAACUGUUGCCUUUUGUUGCUGAAACUAUUGCCUUGAACUCAAAAUUACACUGAUGGGAAGUCGUAAAGUAAGGGAUAGCCCCUGUUUUUUAAAAUGGGCACCAUGACUCUUUAGUUCAAACACAUAAAUAGGUAAGUGCUUUCAAAAGAAUGUAAGAAGCCGUUCAUAAAAAGGUGCUUUCCCAUCUCCAAGCAAAGUGGCCUUGUCAUGAAAGAUAAGGCCUACUGACUGCGUAAGAAAAUUUGUACAGUAGCGUAGAAAUAUGCCAGCCUACCCAGACCAGUUAGUUACAUACUGCUUCCAUUGGCAUUCACCUCCUUUAAUGUAUGUAUAAUAGCCUGCAAAUCCAAAUUAAAUUGCAGGCAGCUUAGAUUUGUUGGUUUGUUAUUUGAGAGAGAGACUUCUGGUCUUUGACAUAAAGUAUUGAAAGUGAAAUAUGCAAACAACGAUGACAAUGCUGGAAAGCAAUUUUCUUAUGCAAAGAAUGAGCCUAACUACAAGGUAUUUUUAACUGCCAGGCUGUUUACAAAAAAAAAAAAAAAAAAAAAAAAAAAAUGUGAGGGGAAAAAUGCUGGAUAGUACGUUCUUGAAAUUUAUCCAAUGGAAGUGUUAAAUUUACUGUGAUCAACCCAGGAGAAGUAAAUAAAUUGUCAACUAAGUUGAAAUUGGAAUGGAAGGUGGCUGUACAAACACAUAGAUUUUUUUUUUUUUUCCUCUACUCUCCUCCAUUAAAUUGGUGGCUUACUAGUUUUAAAAAAAAGAAAAAGAAAAUAAAAGUUUUCCUCCACCCUCUCAUUUUGUGGACCAUGAGGACUUUUUCCAUAGACUACUUCUCCUUAUAGGCUGCUGCUUUCUCAGCUUAAGCAAUGUUUUACUAAGUGUCAUUUAAGGAACUAUAGAAAACCUUUUGAAUAACUCCUAAAUACUAUUUUCACAGACCUGAAACAUGCUCAUUUUGGAGGCUAAGAAGCACCUGUGAAGUCAAAACAGCUUUUAGUUCUUUCGAGGCUGUAGGGGUUUUCAUUUUGUUUUGGUUUUGUUUUCUGCCUAGUAAGACUACCAAAAUUCCCUGAAUUAGUAAAUUCUUUGUGACUUUAAACUAUGCUUGUUAAUAUGUACUGAGUUUUACUUUUUUAAUUCUACCUCAUGACACACUGUUUUUUAUAAGGUUAUUGUUGUGAAAUACUGGGCACUUACUUUUCUAUAAUAACAUUUCUUUAUACAGUAUAAAGUGGCACAUGUCAUAAUGCAUCUAAAUACUACACACCAUGCAGAGCACCAAGAGUGAUAGUUUUGCCAGCUUCAGUCAUAGCUUUGGAAACAAAGAUCACUGAGAAGUGCAAGACUUGUGGUAGAAGCUGAUCUGGUUGAGGGUUUUGAUGAUGUAUUGAUGCUUUUGUAGUGUGUACAGUAUGAAAAGGAGGCAGAUUCUAUUCAUGUAAACUAUAAGACUGUUGCCUAACUCUUCUGAUUAAAUUUGCAGUAAGUUUGAAUUAGAAUGAGCAGAUAACGUUAAAUUGUGAUUACUCCUCUGCACCAAUAUGUGGAAGUCUUCAAUGAAAGCUAGUACAUUUUACCUAUGAAGUUCACCUAACUGUUAUCUUGAAAUUGUAUUUAGUAAUUUAUAACUGAUAUGCCUUGCAGUUACAUCUUGAGGGAGUGAAUGAUUUUUUUUGUAUUUUGUCUUUAUAAAUCGUAUUAUCUUGCCUUAUUGAGUUAAUGAAGUAAUUUGGAUUGAGCUUUGGAUUGUUUCUAGAUGGAAAAAAAAAUGUAUAUCUUAUUGCUACAUAUCAGAAAGCAAAUUCUUAACCAUCAACCCUUAAACUUCAAAGGGGCGUUAUUUAAAAACAAAAAACAAAACCUGUCGUAUACAAGAAAAUGUUUCAAAUGAUAGCUUGAAUUACAAACUUUGCAUUAAUAGCAAAAUGCAGUAGUGGUUUAUACCGGUUUCUCUUUACACUGGUCUGUUUUAGAUUACUCAAGUGUUACACCACUUGCUAAAUUGCAUUCUAUUUCUACUGUAUUCACAGUAUUUCUAUUGAAGAUAGAACUCUUAGUUUGACUGUAAAGCAUGUAAAAUGCUUUAUAAAUGCAUGGUUUCACAUUCAUGAAGUAUUGUGGUAAACUAGUUCUUCCAUUCUCAGCAUGUCUGAUCAGCAGAAGCAGAUAAGCAGCACAGUAAGAUCUCUGUAACAAUACUAGUAUGUUUGAAGGCAGUUAUCCUUUUACAGUAUUCUAGGGACCAUUCAAUGCUGGAAUUAAAUGCAUUUUCUGAAUAAUCCAUUAGAGGUCAGUCUUUAAAUAAUUACAGCAUUACUAGGUUUUGGGGGUGGGAAAGAAAAAACUUAAUGGGAUAACAAAAUGACAUUUCUGUAUAGGUACUUUCUCUGUAUUAGGUAUGUUUGUGUAUGUCACGAUACAUAUAUACAGCCUUGAAGAAUCAGUAUGCUUGUCAAAUAUCAUUAGUUCAGGGGAAAAUGUAGCUAGUAUGCCUCCAAAAAGCAGUUGGUGGUAGGGAAAAAGCACAGUGACUUAGACAACUCCCUCAUUCCAGGGUUUGUUUGUAGUCUUGAGUCUUGGUAAGGGCACUUUUUUAUUGCCUAAUACCAGGGUUAGAAUGUAGACAUCACUUGUAAAGGGAUUUUAGGUAAUACUGAUGUGAAAAAAGGGUCCUCAGAAAAAAGUCUGUUGCUCUGAAAUUUUGACUGUUGACACAAAAAAUACACUUGCCAAAUCAAAGUUAAGAAAAAGAAAUCUAUUUAACAAGAUUAACAAGUUGGAAUAGAAGGAAAAAGUUGACAGUGUCAGUAAUAUUUCUGUCCUGGAGGGAAAAUAAACCCCUUCAUUUCCUGA